AUUCUUUAUAUACCACAGUUAUAGGGUUGCUUGUUUGUAGCUGGUGAUUUAGUUUGAGUUUUGCUUUUGCAAAUUAUAAAAGAUGGCAGCAACUCGGGCAGUGGUGGGGACUGCUAAAAGGGCACAUCCUUUUGUGGUUGGUGGCCUCAGCACAGAUUGGGUCACUGGUAAACCUCAUCAAUUCUCAUACAUAAAGGAUGGUCGAGAAUUCGGAGAUGUUCAAAAGAAAACAAGAGUAUUUCUUUAUCGAGAAGAAGAAUAUUGCAAAGUUGGUCUUCUUUACCAUGACUUGUUGGCCGAUGAUGAAUACAAAAUUGCGAGACUAGCAAAAGAGCGUAUGACUCAGGAGCAGAAAGAUGCAUUAUACUUCAGAAUCAACAGAGCAUUGUUACUUUCUGCGGCUAAAAAAAACCUGCCCAAAGAUGAAUGGACACCUAUAGACGCCGAGCAUUUGUACAUGCAGGAAAUUAUCAAGAGAGUCGAGCAUGAAGAAUUCGAGAAAAAAUUAACGAAGGCUGCAUUGAAUGAUUACGACGACAAUUGGGAGCGUCUUCUGCUGAUACCUUUCCGCCUUCGACACUACUUUAAGAUCAAAGAAACUAGACAAAACUAUGCAGAAAGGUUUAGUGCAUCUGUUGUUUGAAAGCGAUAUUCCUCCAUAAAGUUUUGUUUAAGAGUUCGGAUAGUGUAAUUCUUUGUUUGGCAUUGUAAUAAUAUUUUUUCCUCGUGA